GUUGCCGUGCCUCCCUCUCGUCAGGAAUACCAAAGAACUGGUUUCUCCUUCCUGAAUAGACACACAGGCUCACAACACACGGGCUCACAUACGCACACAUGCAGAAAUGAUCUCUGCCUGACAGUAAAAUAACACCCCUCCCCAGUUUGCUCUGCUGCCAGCUGUUUUCAGUCGGGCAGCCGGGCCUGCAGUGGAGAGGAGGAGCAGACAGGCCAGAGUCAUGAUCCGGCAUCUGGAGCUCGCCGCCCUCGGUCUGGCCUUCACCGGGUGGCUCUGUGCCACGAUAACACGCUGCCAGGCGCUCUGGAAGGUCAGUGGCACCCUGGACAACAACACAGCGACUCUACCUGCCUACUGGGAUGGGGUGUGGCUAGAGUGGGAUCACUGGGACCUGGCACACGAUGGCAGCCUGCACUGCUCGUUCUACCAGUCACUCAUGACUCUUUCUGGGAGUUUUCGGACAUGGAGGGCCCUCAUCAACGCCGCCAUCGGGACAGGGGCUUUAGCUGUGUUGGUCUGUGGCGUAGGAGCAGUGUGGUUCCCAACACGAGGCCAGGUUAAAGUGUCUUCUGGUGUUCUCUUUGUUUUGUCUGGCUUCCUGCUGCUGGUUCCCACAGCCUGGACGUGUCACCACAGCAGCCAGCCACUGGAGGGUGCUGUGCUGCUGAGAAGAGACUGGGGACCUGCUCUGUACUUCGGAUGGAUCUCCUUCGCUUUGAUGACAGUCGGAGGGUUGUUUCUCACCACGAGAUGCCCCACUGCGCCUGCCCCUCAGCAGCCUGCAGAGGACAGGUAUCCACGCUCAGAGGACGAGUCCAGUCAUCCUCUGAGCAGAAUCAACAGAGCUGUGUUCACAAACAGUCAGUGUGAGCGCAGGUCAGAACAACCCAUCUGAGGGGGACGGUGAAAGAUUUUUGACGGCUGUGGAAAGCUUAAACAACAGAAGAGAAACUCUCUGCACGUUGAGCGAUGAUACACUGGUGAAUCUACGCAUGAACUGACCAAUAGAUGCUAUUUAAAUGAGUUUUUAUUAAAGAUAACACAUCAGCACAGUAAAGUUCUACUGAAGAGUUUGGUUUACUCAGUGUUGGGUUGAUCCAUUUAGGGAAAAUAUAUUAUUGGGAUUUUUGUGACAGACGUUGAAAUUUGUGAUGUUUUUUUUUUAUUCAAGCUGCCGUUAAUUUAUAGAUUUCAAACACGAUGGAGCGUAAACCACAUGAGAUACCAACAAAAUAUUAACUUUUGUGAAGCAAGGAUAAGAAUACUAAUUGUUCGUAUUGAUGUAUUACAUGACAGUUAAACUGUAGGCUUUGGGAUUUUAAAAAGAUUAAUCACUCAGCCCCACUCACUGCAGCUGAUAUUGUCUGAGACUGAAAUCACCACUGCCCCCGGCGCUCAUGAUAUAUUGUAAUGCCUGAAAUGUGAAGGGGUAAACACUUCACCUGAAGCUAGUACAUACUAUACCUGUGUUGCACUUUCUUCGAGAAAUGCAGUUAAUGUGUUUGUUUGGUUUGUUGACAGUGAAAAGGUUUACACCCCAGAUGAGUUUCUCUGCACAAAGAACACUGGAAUAAAACUUUGAAAUUGAUCAUUUGUUUUAAAAAGCUUGUGCAAUACUUCACAAAGAAGUUAAAAGAGGGACAAAGGAGAGAGAUUUUGAACCAUUUAUUUUUUCUGAAAGCAGAUAGACUAUUUUUUGUAUUAAUCUUGUCAUUAUUUGGGAUUGCACAGAAACACCCCCCCCCACAUACACAAUUUUAUUUAUCCAGUCCCUGAUGGGCCUUAUUUUCACCAUCUUAUUCUCGUUGCCACUGAGAGAUAGUUUUCAGAAAAAAUACUUGAUUUACAACAUUAAGAAAUUGCUUUAUUUUUAUAGUGUAAACAUGUUCCAGCUGUAUCUUUUGUGUGUUUCAUGCAGUCACACUUGUUAUGACACAACAGCAGCUCUGGGGGAAAAGAACCCGUGUUCUUACAUGUGUCUUGUUCCUACUGCAUCUUUACAACACUGACCAAACUGGAACCAAAAGUAGUUUGUCUCUUCAAAAUAAUAAUAGAAAAAGAGGAUGUGACAGAAUGCAGUCAUUGUUACUGUAAAAUAUCAGAUAUUCAGCAGAUUUUACUGCAGAUUUACUUCAGUUCUGAGCAGGUAUUUACUCACUUUAACUUUUAAUUUUUCUAUUUCUGCUUUGAGUGACAACAAAAAUAAUUUCAGUUCAGUAAUCAAUCAUUUCUAAUUCAGACUUGAUUCUCCUGAAGUCUUAAAUUAGUCAAAUACUUCGAAUUAAGUUUGAGUAUACAGGAAAAAGCAAUGCUUUUUUGUUGUUAUAUUGUCAUCUGAUAAAAAUAAAGUUCUUUGAUAGGUU